AUGGCCUCCAGGAUACUGCUCCUCUCCUCGGCCAUUGCUGCCUGCAGCGCAGCUUCGGUCCUGGCGCCGCGAGACGAUGCCCCUUCGCCAGGCAUGCUCUCGCUGCCCAUCGAGCACCGGCAAUUCGUGCGGCCGAUGGUCGUCAAGCGGCAGGAGGACACCAACGUGCCGCUGCUCAACUACACCACACUCAACUACAUGGUUGCGCGUUCCAACGGACAAAAGGUCCAGGUCACGAUCGACACGGGAUCCGACGAGCUGUGGGUUUCGCCCGACUGCCAGGACAGCAGCCUCAGCUCGCUGCAGGAGAGGCUCUGCGUGAGCAACGGCAAGUACAGCCCCAGCACCUCGACGACUUCCGACGCCCUGGGCACGUCGAGCCGGAUCCCCUACGGCAAGGGCAGCGUCAGAUUCAACUACUAUGCCGACACCAUCGCCCUGCCUGACAGCACCAUCAACCUCAAGAACGUGACCUUUGGCGUCGCCACCUCGAGCGAGGACAUCUACGCGGGCAUCAUGGGCCUGUCGUACGGCAACGGCGUCAACCUCAAGUACAACAACUUUGUCGACGAGCUCGUCAGGCAGAACGUGACCAAGACCAAGGCCUUCACCAUCGCCCUCGGCUCCUCCGACGUCAACAAGGGCGGCGUGCUCAUCUUUGGCGGCGCCGACACCAAGAAGUGGACCGGCCCGCUCGCCCGCCUGCCCAUCCUGCCGCCCCAGGGCCGCGAGCGCAUCGCCCGCUACUGGGUGCAGAUGGACGCCGUCGGCAUGACCCUCGGCGGCAACGCCAAGACGUACUCGGGCGGCAACCUGCCCGUCGUCGUCGACUCGGGCUCCUCGCUGACCUACCUGCCGUCGAGCAUCGUGUCGGGCAUCGCCGCCGACCUCAAGGGCGAGUACAACCGCAACUACGGCUUCUACUUUGUCGACUGCAAGCUCAAGGCCUCGCGGGACACGGUCGACUUUACCUUUUCCGGCUUCCGGCUCGCCGUCUCGCUCAACGAGUUCAUCUGGGACCUCGGCGACGGCAAGAACUGCGUCAUCGGCGCGCAGGCCGUCACCUCGGACACGGGCAUCACGGCGCUGCUCGGCGACUCGUUCAUGCGCAGCGCCUACACCAUCUUCGACCAGACCUCGGGCGCCGUCUACAUGGGCCAGUACCAGAACUGCGGCCAGAACGAGGUCGCCAUCGACUCGGCCAGCGGGCCCGGCAACCUGACCGGCGAGUGCAAGGCCGAGAAGAAGAGCGCCGGCGCCCGCGUCGGCGCCUCCGCCGCCGCCCUCGCCGCCAGCCUGGGCGUGGCAGUCGUGGGCCUGCUGUAA